CGCUAAUUGUAUUUAAAUUUUUAAAUUUUUUUGAAUGAAAUAACAACAAGCAAAAUAUCGAUUUUCAAGAUGUUCUUCGUGCUACCAAGGAUACUCUCUCGUUCGAACUGCAUUCUAAUUUUGGUAAUAUCUAAUUUCGCGUCCUCGGCGCCUUUGAAAUCCUGGAAACGUUCGCCGCACCAAAGCGAGCAUGGCUUUUCAACCGUUCCAAAAAUCUUAGAGAUUCAACUGCCACUCAAAAUUUCUACGAAGGAAGAUCUGAUAGCCUGGUCGAGGUAUGUUACGAGUCUGAUGACAUCGAAGAUAAAUUUCACGUCAACCACUUUGAAGAACUCGCCGUCGGUCGAGAGGCGCGUUCCCUUUGUGAACAAUUCAGGCUUGAAAUCGAAGGAGAUGAUGAAAGAGGCGUCUCUCAAUGAGAAACGACAGGGUGUGAACUAUCCAGCGCGAAGGCUCAAGGAGCCUCCUGUAGAAAGAGCGGACGACAAAGUGGUCGCUUAUCCUUUGCCUGUAGGAGCGAUGAAAAUGUCGACACCUAGUCCGCAAGAUUCCUCUACUCUUCCUAAUUUGAAUAUCAAUGGGCCGAUUGAUUUCGGACAGUACAUGGACUUCAACAUCGGGAAUCCUUUUCAGCAAACUGAACUUGACACCUUUGGAAAUUUCGAGAUCUUGGCGCAGCCACCUGCAGCCAUGUACCUUCCAUUACCGCUGACAACAACCAAUACUGCUAAAUCGUAUCAGAACAACAAGAACACUUCCGGUUUUGAAGAGCCAGCGAAGUUGCAGACUACAAGGACUUCCCAGUUUCGCGUCAAGGCUAACAAUAAACUCGGGCAGGUGUUACCGACCGACGUGAACGAAGGAUUAAUUGGAACGAAUCUAUCGCACAUAGGUGAACCUUUGUUAACAUUCCCAUUUCAGGCACUGAUCACGAUUACUAAAGAAGUUCCAGAAGCUACGAUCUCAAAGACGCAACCGAGGGAUUACAGUGCAAUUAAUAUUAAGAAUUCUCCGAAUGAAUUUUCGUCACAGUUCGGAAAAAAUCACACGCUUAUGAACGAGUCUGCACAAGUUAAUGUCGUCCUUAAUGAUUUUGUAACAGGCACGGGUAGAGCAAAAACCAAGGGAAGCCAAGUAAAGAAAGAGGAACAGAAGAAAGGAGAGCAAAAUGCACGCGGGCAGAAGAAACAAAAUGAAAAAAAGACGAAAAAUGUGAAGAAGAAGAAGACUUCGUCAAUAAAGCGACAAGCGUUCGUACUCGGUGAUUUGUUAAGAACAUUGGGUAUUCUGAGAAAAUUGCCAAAAAAUACCACUGAGAUUAAUGUCGCGACACCCGUACUCUCUAUUUUGAAAGGCACGAACACGCAAAAGAUACAAGUAGCCUUCGAAGAGGUGAGUAGGUCACAAGCAGAGGGACACCUGAAAGACGGCACACCACCACCUCUUCCUUCUCGAGAAAGACGCAACGAAACAUUUCUAGCGCAGCAAUUAGAUGAUGAUGAUGAUAAUGAUGAAAACGAGGAGACUGAAGAGAAUGAAGAGAACGACGAACAAAUGGAAGCGCAACUAGACGAUGACGACGACGAAGAAGAAGAAGAAGAAGGUGGAUCUAUACAAACUAUACUCGAUUUAUUACCAGUAGCUGCACCGAUUCUUGAAGACCUCAGUGAUCCAGAGUCCGAUGUCGAUUUGGCAGAAGUGCUUCAAGCCGCAAUUCCUCUUCUCGAAGGACUCUCCGACCCAGAUGAGGAGGGAGGAAUUGAUAUUCCAGGUGUCUUGGUGCCACUUUCCCAACGACUCAGCGAGGGCCCGGAUGGACAAGGUAGCGAUUCUGGCGCCAUUUUGGGACCUCUUAUUCAACUGAUAGCACCAUUGAUCGGACCUCUGGUGGGCCCUCUCAUCGGUCCAUUGAGUCGUACCAGUAGUGGCCCCGGUGGCAAAGAAGGAUCGGCAUCUGCAUUAGCAGCAGCAUCUGGUCCUCUAAGUCAGCCGGAAGGAGCAUAUGGACAAUCAAUAUUGUCGGGUCUUGUCGCCAGUAUCACCGCUAGAUUAAGUAAAGAACUCGCCGCUUCGGCAGGCGAAUCAGAUGUGAAAUCUUUAGUAAGUGCUAUUGUAUCAGGUGUACUCGCUGGUGCCAGCGCUGGUUCCAGUGGUCAGAAAGGCUACAGUUAUAAUAAACCUAAUCACAGACCGGACACAUAUUACGCGCCUACAACUUACGGCGGUUACGAUUCUUACGCUCAAACCCCAGCAGCAUCCUCGAGUUCGCUCGACGUGCUUCUUGGGCCUUUAAAAGAAAUCCUCGGCGCUUUUCUGAAAUUGUCGGCUACGUCGUCGACCUCUAGCGCAAAUCUGUCGGGUACAUCAUCGAGCUCCAGUACAAGUCUAUCAGCUAGUUCCUCGCAAUCAUCACAGGAACCACCUAAACCCACGUAUGGUGCACCGACACAUCCGCCUUAUGCUCCACCGUCUUAUGCUCCACCGUCCAUGCCUGCUUAUAGUCCACCUGCAUCCACGAACUCUCCCUAUGUGUCAUUCGUGCGGAGACAGGUUGCACGGAAACAAAUAAAAAGGUUUUGAGUCACACAUUCCGUUUGUAGUUUAUUAUUUUAUCGACUUUUUAAAGGAUUACUUCGGCGAUGGACGAUAUUUUUUAUAUAAAUGUAAAAGUGCUUAGAAUUAUACUUUUUUGUCUCGUUAGUUUUUUUUUUUCAUUUCAAUAGAAAGGCUUCAUUUAACAUAGAUGUCAUGGCCAUGAAGUUAGCGUAUGACCCCCUGAUAAAUCCUGGUAAUCAUUUUGCAACGACAAACUCAUUACAACAGAAAUCAUGUGGGCAUACCAUGUAAUAAUUCUAGGAUAAUCUAGCCGUGCAAGGACAGGUGUCACGUCACAGUUGCAAACUUUCGUUUUCGUCUCAUUUAAAUUGUCAUUUCCUGUGAACAAUUACAUGAAUAAACAUUGAAUAAUUCAGCAAAAUGUAUAAAUAUAUCGCUACAUAUUGCACUUUAAUCGUUGAAUCCCGAAAUCGAUUAUAAAUUAUAAUCAUUAAUAAU